UUGGCACAUGCGCAGGAGGAUGAACGGGAGCCUGCCGAAACGAUCCUUUUCUUCCUCAUCCUGAGUGCUGUUUAAAGGGGAAGUAGCCCCUUUUCUUUUCUCACCCUCCCCCCUUUUCUUUUCUUUUUUUCCCCCUCCCCCUUGUCCAGCCUCUCCUAUGGCCUGGCCUGGGCGGUGGAGGGCGGUAGUCAUAGUGAAGACCAGGGGGUUAUGGCCGGUUCCGGAUCGACCCGGCUCCUUUAUGAUUUGCCGCCAGCGAUCAUGUGCAAGUUCUACGAAAUCAUGGACGCGCUGGACCGGGCCGAGUGGGAGCGUUUCGCCUCCAGGAUUGUACGAAACCAGGUUGAAUUGCGAUUGUAUGAGAAGAUGGAUGGGCGGACGCACAACCUUAUGUGGACCUGGAUGAAUCGCAACGCCUACAUUGAUGAUUUAAUUCAGAUACUUGAUGACUUGGAACUAUACCGGGCACGUGAUAUCAUUGUUUCAGGACGUCUGUUGCCAUAUUCCCAGAAGCCCAGUCCGCUGACUUCUCAAAAGCCAUCUAUUUCUCCUAAACCCCCACCUGCCCCAGAUCCAGGUGGCAGAGGCAGCUGCAAGAUCAUUACAACAAUGUGGGAGCCCCACCAGAAACCCUCCCCACCUGAACCAGAUCAGCCCAAUCCUCUGCUCCCUUCGAGAGACUCCACUCCAAGUAGCCGUUGCAGCAGUGCAGCCUCCAGCACCCUGCCAUCGCCUCCAACACACAGUGACACACAGGGCCUUGAAUCUCUGCCCUCCACGUGUCCUUUCAAGUGGCAGUUAGAAGAGUUGCGCCAAGCUACAGACAACUUCUCUGAACGUCUCAAGAUUGGUGAAGGAGGUUUUGGCUGCGUCUACCAGGCCCGAUUGCGCAAUACUGUCUAUGCUGUGAAACGGCUCAAGGAGGAAGCAGAACUGAACUGGACUGUAAUAAAGAAUAGUUUUGUCACAGAAGUGGAAAAACUUUCCCGGUUCCGCCAUCCUAAUAUCGUAGAGUUUGCUGGUUGCUGUGCUGAACAGGGAUGCUUUUGCCUUGUCUAUGUCUUCCUGCCCAAGGGAUCCUUGGAAGAUCAUUUACAUGGCCAGGUUGGUGCUUGUCUCUCUUGGACCCAACGUUUACAUGUGGCUCUGGGCACUGCUAGAGCUAUUCAGUUUCUACAUAGUGACUCACCUAGCCUUAUCCACGGAGAUGUAAAGAGCUCUAACAUCCUUUUGGAUACAGCACUCAAUCCAAGGCUGGCUGAUUUUGGAUUGGCACGAUUCAGCCGCCGGCCAAAGGGAGGAAUAAGCAGUUCGCUGGGCCAGACCCAGACUGUGAGGGGUACAUUGGCCUAUCUGCCUCCUGAAUAUGUACGGACUGGGACGCUUUCUACUGCUAUUGAUAUAUUCAGCUUCGGUGUGGUUCUUCUAGAACUCUUGACUGGAAGACAACCUAUGGAAGUAGAUUCUCAUGGACACAGCAAGUACUUGAAGGAUCUGGUAAAUGAUGAAGAGGAGCAAAAAACCCAUCUGUCAACUGCCACAACUUCCUCCAGUCAUACGAAAGCAGUUCAGCUUGGCAGUCACCUCUACCAAAAACACGUAGACCUACGGUCUGGCCCAUGUCCAGAGCAACUGGGCAAAACACUAGGAAAGUUGGCUUGUUGCUGUCUCCACCAGCGAGCCAAACGCCGCCCUUCAAUGGCUGAAGUCUACCAAGAGCUAGAGAGGCUACAGUUACUCCUCUUUGGGAAAUCUUCUGCCUCCUUACAGCUGCCUCCACAGCCACCUCACACACCCCAAGAAGACUACUAUACAUCCCAGCCUCUUAAUGAACCCGAGGAAAGUGAUGAAAGCUUAGAGGGCUACUCCAAACUGUUGAGCGACAGAAGUGGGGCCAGAGAAAGUAUGUCUAUGGGCCAGUUAGGUGACUCUGCCCCUCAGAUUGUCAUCAACCCAGCACGGAGGCGCAUGAUGGAACGGCUGGCACUCUAUCACGAGGGGGCGCUUGAUAGCCUGGGUGUGCUUGCUUCGACACCUUCAGGAGAAGACCGUGUUGGUGAGCCACCUCGUGAACCUGAAGAGAGUGAUGAAUUUGAGUGACAAAUUCAACAAAGACAGGAUCAAAGUUCUCAUCGCGCUGACAGCACUUUGCAAAUUGUAGGGUCAUCUAUCCUCCUUUGGAUACCAUGCCUGUUCCCUUAGUUGGUACCAGUGUGGUACGUGUUUCUGGUACAAUUUGGCUUCAGGCCAGCAAUCUGACAUAAAUGGAAGUCACCAUUGGGGUUAUGUAUGGAGAUCAAAACUGGUGGGGUAGGAGUGGUGAUGAUGUGGGUUUUCAUGGUUAUACAAAUUCCUCACUACAUGCUCCCUUUUACUGAAUAGAUAAUAAAACAUUUUAUAUAUUU